AUGAUGGAGAAGAAUGGAUCGUUCUUUGGCCAGUGGGUGGAAGAGAAGAAGAUUGCUCGCUUAUACAUUGAUGAGGUACAUACUCCAUUUCUUGAGAUGGAUUUUUGUUUCAAGUACGACUGUCUGAGGAAGCAUGUUCCAAGUCUAACAAAAAAGGGUGUCCAGAUCAUAACUAUGAUCGGAUCACUGCCAAACGGAAUACAAGAGGCAAUUGGAAAGUGGCUUCGGCUUGAUGGGGGGCUAGCAACAAGACUCGCUACGCUUGGACUUGACAACAUGCCAAUGGAAGUAGUUACGCUCAUGGAUCGGAGUAGGUGGCUGAAGUUUCUUGGUGGUAGAUUGGAGAAAGGACAUGUGCAUAUCUUUUGUCCCACAAUUGACGAGUGCAACCAAAUGCAACAUGCACUGUUUUAUAAUGCUGGAGCUCUGACCAUAUCACAUGCUGUUGUGAACUCGACCAUGGCUGAGGAUGACCGAAGGUUGGUUAGCCGAAAGUGGCAUAGCGGGAUGAUUUCCGUUCUGAUUUCAACUACUUGUGCACUGGUUGGAAAUGAAAACUCAAAAUGUAAAACGGUGGUUGUGUACAAACACGUAUACAAUUUAGUUUCGCUAGUGCAAGCAGCAGGGAGGUUAAGGCCAGGCCAAAGAGAUGAUUGCUUGUUCAGGUGUGUUGUUUCCAAUGAAACAGUGAUACCCAGGACUGAUGGGUUGAAGAAACACUUGAAAGAACUGGGAAUCGAUCAUCCAGAUGUGGCGGCGUUUGUGGAUGGAGGGUCGCUCAAGGCUUUCUUUGGUACUUCACAGUGUCGUAUUGGGUUUCUCAACAGGGAGAUAAAUGGCGUGGCCGUUGGUGAUUGUGGAUGCUGCGACAACUGCAGGCAAAAAUUGGCUGCCAAGAGUAUUCAUUUGGGAAAACCAUCUUUGAAUGCAGCAGGCACUAGUGUGUUGGGAAUGAAUGAUGAGGAAGAGAGGGAAAUUGAAAUGGAAUUUUCUAUACUAUGUAACAAGAUGGAAGCUGCUUGUUUGGUUUGUGUGAAAUCAGAUUGUAAUGGUGAGAAGUGUAUGACUGGGCACUGUUUCGUCUGUGGGAGGAGGGGCCAUUCGGUGAAGAUCUGUCCACUGAAAAGCAUAAAACCAAGGGAUGCUGUUAAGGCUACCGCAUGCCAGAUGUGUUUCAUGUAUGGUCCGGUGCAUCCAAAUUUUUCCUGUCCCCACAAAAGGAUGAAACGAUUCAUUUUCCACAAGUGCGAUCCUUCAAAAAUUGGCCAGUUGUAUGGACAGAGGCAUGUUGAUUGGAAGAAAGGUAUACUCUUGUUGAGCGGUUGGGUUUCAAAGACUUCAAAAGGAAAUUUGAAGAAAAAACGACUGGCAGAACAAAUACAAAAUCCAGCUAGGCAGAAGAAGAGAGAGAGGUCCUCUGAAAGCGUUGGAGACAUAAGCACCAUUGGAGACAUAAGCACCAUAUGCAUGCGGCGGACGGGCGGAUCCGGUGGACGUUCAAAGCGAAUGAGCUGCAUGCAAAAGAGGAAGAUAUACAAAGUGGGUGGAUUGGAACUGGACAUUUUGCACCAGAAAGCACCACUGUUACCACCAGAUUAUUUCCACAACAUCUAUGUCCGGCACUUUGGAUCACAGGUGAUAGAGGACGAAAAAAGUGCUUUGAAGAUCUACCGUACUAUGAGACAAUGGUACAGGAAUAAGUGUCUAUUUGUGGAGGGUAGCUUGUAUACUACAAAUGGUUGGUGGGGGAGACCAUAUCUUUUUCGACCAAGGGAAGGACAGAUGCUUGAUCUUGGUUUAAAAGUGUACAACUCAAAGGAUAAGGCUUAUGCUAACACAAGUAUCCGGGUAUGGGCUCUACCAAGGGAUUGCAAACUGCGAGAGAAAAGUCUCAUUUUUGGACGUUCUACAGCUGCUUUUUCUACAGCUGCUGUUAGGACCAAUCGUCAUGGAGAGUUUGGUGAUAUGUGGGCAGUGGGUUUAAAGACCAGUGCAGGAGUGGAGUAUCAGUCAACCAAUGAUGGUAGAAUUAAAAAAGCUGCUUGCGAAUGGAAGAGGGCACUUGACGAGUAUGCAACAGACUUGGAUGACAAUGGUUGUAUGCAGGAGGUCUUGGACGGCAUUCGGCAGAGCCAACGAAAGCUGGCAAAAACAGCAGAUCUUCCCACAGUGGCUGUUAGUCGAAAUUUAUGCAAUUCUGCACAUUAUGAUUUGGACUUGAGCAAAUCGCUAGCCGUGUUUCUUCAAGAGCUGGUGUCUGACGGGCGUACAAGUGGUAAACAUUUCUUGGUGUUCCCAAAUGUUUCAAUUGAAGGACAAAGUGGUUUGGUGAUUGAUUUGAGGGGUGGAGCUUUGGUUGAGUGGGAUGGUAGAUUCAAUUUCCAUUGUAGUUAUUGUGGUCAUGAUCGAAAAAAUGUCACAGACAACUAUGGGAUAAUGGUCGGUAACAUGUGGGGCUCAUUGCUACCCAAAAGGGAAUAA